UCGAUUCCGAUUACAAUCCAUGUUGCGACUGCCGACGAUUUUGAGGAAGUCCUUCAGCAUGAAGACGCGCCAGAGGCUGGACUACCGCAACAAGCUCAUCCUGGCGCCAAUGGUGCGUGUGGGCACGCUGCCCAUGCGACUGUUGGCCCUGGAAAUGGGUGCGGACAUCGUUUACACGGAGGAGCUGGUGGACCUCAAGCUGAUCAGGAGCAUACGCAGGCCGAACCCGGCUCUGGGCACGGUGGACUUUGUGGAUCCGUCGGAUGGCACGAUUGUGUUCCGCACCUGCGCCCAGGAAACCUCACGCCUGGUGCUUCAGAUGGGCACCAGCGACGCCAGACGGGCUCUGGCCGUGGGCAUGCUGCUGCAGCGCGACAUCUCCGGUCUGGACAUCAACAUGGGCUGUCCCAAGGAGUUCUCCAUCAAGGGCGGCAUGGGUGCCGCCCUGCUCGCUGAUCCCGACAAGGCGGCAAACAUUCUGCGCACCCUCUGCUCCGGCUUGGACAUUCCAGUCACCUGCAAAAUACGCAUACUGCCGGACGUGGAGCGCACGAUCGAUCUGGUGCAGAAACUGGCCGCCACCGGUAUCGCUGCCAUUGGCAUUCAUGCGAGGACGCGCGACGAGCGUCCGCAGCAUCCUGCCCAUCCCGAGGUGCUGCGCGCCGUUGCCCAGGCGGUGGACAUACCGAUUAUAGCCAAUGGGGGUUCAAAAAACAUGCACUGCUACGAGGAUUUGCGCAAAUUUCAACUGGAAUGCGGCGCCGCUAGCGUGAUGGUGGCCCGUGCGGCGCAGAUCAAUGUGAGCAUCUUCAGGCCGGUGGGCCUGCUGCCCAUGGACGAGCUGAUCAAGAAGUACCUGCGCUUGUGCGUCGACUACGACAAUGCGCCGCACAACGCCAAGUACUGUGUGCAGAGCAUACUCAGGGAGCUGCAGGAGACGCCGCGAGGCAAGCGUUUCCUUCAGUGCCAGACGCUGCAGCAGAUCUGCGAGAUCUGGGAGCUGGGCGAAUACUGCCGCCGCAAGCAGAGGGAGCUGAGGACGAUGGGCAACUCGGGACGGGCGGAGGUGGAGCCACCGGAGUCGCUGGCCAAGCGUCAGAAGCUGGAGGAUGCGGCCAUUGACAUACCGGACGGGUACGAAGGCAUCAUUUGCCGGCACAUGCCAUUCCUGCGCUCCACCUAUCCCAGUGAUAACCAUCUGCCGAAAACGCAGCUAUAUGUGCACGCUGUCAAGGCUGGCAAAUCCCCGCCAGCGUACGAAACGCAGCAGUGCGACAAAUUGUUCCGCUCCAUCUGCACGUACGAUGACCAGCGCUUCAGUAGCUCCUACUGGGAGAAGAACAAGAAGCAAGCGGAGCAAGGCGCCGCUCUGGUGGCCCUGCUCCAUCUCGGCCACCUAGAGGCGGAGGUUCUGCGCGACAAUGGCAGCCUGCUCAACUGAGCAGCGAAGUUCCUCCUGUUUUAUCUAAGUGUUAUACAUUUGACCAGGUUUGGACACCAUUGCAAUGGUUGUUGCAACUGCCUUAGGUGCUGGGAGCAGUAUCUGGACUACCUCUAUAGGGUUUACAAAGUGUAAAUCUGAAUAAACAGAACUGCAGUGUGCAGUGCUUUAAAUAUAUUAUAUUUAAAUAAAUAUA